AUUGGUCCCAACAUUGGGGGCCCAGUGUAUAAAAACCCCAGAACGGAAGAAGUCCUCAGAACCUGACAAACUCACCUCUGAACAGAAACUCACCUUCUACACCUGACACCAUGUGCUGCUCCUCUUGCUGCCAGCCCAGCUGCUGUGGAUCCAGCUGUUGCCGGCCCAGCUGCUGCUGCCGCCCAUGCUGUGUGUCCAGCUGCUGCCAGCCUUGCUGCCGCCCAUGCUGUGUGUCCAGUUGCUGCCAGCCUUGUUGCCAGCCUUGCUGCCGCCCAUGCUGUGUGUCCAGCUGCUGCCAGCCUUGCUGCCGCCCAUGCUGUGUGUCCAGCUGCUGCCAGCCUUGCUGCAGCCCAUGCUGUGGAUCCAGCUGCUGCCAGCCUUGCUGCAGCCCAUGCUGUGGAUCCAGCUGCUGCCAGCCUUGCUGCUGUCCAACCUGGUGUCAGACCACCUGCUGUAAAACCUCCUGUUGCCGGCCUAGCUGCUGCUGUCGCCCUUGCUGUGUGUCUAGCUGCUGCCAACCAUGCUGCCAGCCAUGUUGCUAGUCAUGCUGCCCCCAUUGCUGUGGGUGCUGCUGCUGCCAGCCUUCCUGCUGCUGAUCACCUCACAGAAGAAACACCUUCAUACACCAUCUGUUAACUGACUCGCCAUGUAGGGAAAAAUUCAGUUCCUAGGCCUGGCUGAUAAUGCGCAUGCUCUACUUUAACUUCUGUGACUCGUUUGCCUGAUACAAACUUGUGAAUCAGCUGGAUGGAGAGCAGAGGACGUCCCCAAUCCUCUUCCUCCCGGGUUGGGGGAUCAUGUGUCAGCUUUGAGCAUCCUCAGUAUGGAGCUGUGGUCUCUGCUCUGACUCUGUAGUCAAGGUCUCCACCCUCUUCCUCUGUGUAACUUAGAAAACCUAAUUUUAUAAUUGUUACAUAGGUUUUCUGCAACUGCUGAAAAUCUUCUCAAUCCUGUUUUCUUUUCCCAUGCACUCCUGGUUCCUGUAAUCCUACUUUGUUCUACCACAGUCACUCUGAGUUGGCUUCCUGGUUACGGGAAGUUCUACCUCUAUUUCUAAUAAAGUCUGUUCAUUCCACAUUGUGUUUGGUUUUAUUAUAAAUCCUGAUGUAAGGAUUUGCACACCUGCUGCAUAUCCUAUGCAUGAUCCAUUCUGAGCUUCAUAAAGUCCCCCCAAAAUAAUUAUCUCCAUUCUUCAUAUGAGAACAUCUCACUUGGUCAUGUUAGAUAGCUGAUUUGGACAGACUCAGACCCAAGACUGUAUCUUUUGCUUUACUGCUCAAUGGCACUUAAGUUUCUAUCUCAAGACAAAUCAGAAAAAGGCCUGGACUGAGC